CGAGGGAUUUUCAAGGCCUUCUUCGUCGGAUAUCAGGCAGUGUCAUAGUGCCCUGGCGUGCGAUGGUAUCUUAUCAGAUGCAGCAUCCUGGUCUCCACCCCGGACCAGGUCCGCCACUUGGGAAUAUCGCCAAGGGAAAACCAAGACAACCGAAGGGCAAGAGGUGGACCGUUCGAGGAGAAAUACGCAGGCGUGACACAGACAAGGCUUGGCCACGCAAGGGCUAUUAAACCCGUCUAGCUGCCGCGAAAAGAUCGAUUGGCAGAUCGACAAACUUUUUUCCCUCUUCUCUUUCCCCUUCUCUCCUCAACCGACAUAGUUCGAUUCUCAGUCGCAAUGGUCGUUGAUAAGGGCACCACUCCUCAGGUGAACGAGGACCCUGCCCCCAUCGGUCGCGAGUCCCCUGAUCUGUCUAUCGAAGAUCAGGACCAGCAGGAUGGUGUUCGUGUUGCAGAGGCGGUCACCGCUGUGUGGUCCAAGAAGUCCCUCAUCUUCUCAUAUGCAUGCAUGUGGAUGCUGUAUUUUGUCAGCGGACUCAACAACAACUUGACCGCCAAUCUCGGAGCCUAUAUCACCAGUGACUUCUCGGCACACUCACUGUUGACCGUGAUCAGCAUCGUCACCAGCGUCAUGGGGGCGGCGUGCUUGCUGCCCAUUGCCAAGGUUCUCAACUUGUGGGAUCGCACUGUCGGUCUGGGUGUCAUGGUUUUGAUUGCCAUGAUGGGUCUGAUUAUGAUGGCGGGCUGCAACAAUAUCGCCACCUACUGCGCUGCACAGGCCUUUUACACGGUCGGCUUCACAGGUGUAAUCUUCUGCGUCGACGUCUUGACCUCCGAUACCUCCUCCCUACGCAACCGAGGAAUUGCUUAUGGUUUCACAUCGUCACCCUAUGUUAUCACCGCCUUCGCCGGAAGCCCGUUGUCGAAUCAAUUCCACGAAACCAACUGGCGAUGGGCCUAUGGCACCGUCUGCAUUUUGCUGCCGAUCGUCGCCCUCCCCUUGAUCGUGACGUGGGAGAUGGCCAAGCGCAAGGCAGACAAGCAGGGCCGGUUGCAGUAUAAGCCACGGAGUACGCGUAACUGGUGGCAAAGUAUCUGGUUCUACUUCGUGGAGUUUGACGUGGUCGGCAUCAUCCUAAUGAUCGGAGGUCUUAUCCUCUUCCUGACCUCGUUCAACAUCGCCGGCAACACGGAGGAUGAGUGGAAGUCGCCGAAGAUCAUCGCGAUGAUGGUGGUGGGAUUCUGCGUGCUGCUGGCGUUCAUCGCGUACGAGCGCUGGGGGGCACCGAAGCCGUUCAUCCCGUACCACCUGCUAACGAACCGGACGGUGAUCGGGGCGUGCCUGCUGAGCACGACGUACCAGAUCUCGUACUACUGCUGGGCGAGCUACUACACCUCGUUCCUGCAGGUGGUGUACAACACCAGCCUGACGCAGGCGGGGUACAUCAGCUCGAUCUUCGACCUGAUGGACCCGAUCUGGCUGAUCGGCUGCGGAUACCUAAUCCGCGUCACCGGCCGCUUCAAGUGGCUGCUGCUGUGGGCGGUGCCCCUGUACCUGCUGGCUAGCGGUCUGAUGAUCUACUUCCGCACCCCCAGCCACUCCGUCGGCUACAUGUGCAUGUGCCAGAUCUUCCUAGCCAUCGGCGGUGGCACCCUGAUCCUGAUCGAGCAGGUCGCCGUCCUGGCCGCCUCCCGCCACGAAGAGUACGCCGGUAUGCUGGCCCUGCUCAGCACCUUCGGUAAUGUCGGCGGCGCCAUCGGCAGCAGUGUCUCCGGUGCCAUCUGGACCAACACCCUUCCCCAAAAGCUGCGCGCCUACUUGCCGGCGGAUACGGUCGACCAGUGGGCCGAGAUCUACGAGUCGCUCGACGUGCAGCUCAGCUACCCUGUCGGCUCUGAGACUCGCAUCGCCAUCCAGAAUGCCUAUGCCUCCAGCCAACGCAACAUGAUGAUCGCCGGUACCGCCCUGAUGGGGCUGUCGAUCGCCUGGGUGCUCAUGAUGAAGAACAUCAAGAUCAAGGAGAACAAGGAUGUGUCCAAGGUGCUGUUCUAGGAAAGUAGAAUGAGUCGAGCUUGGUGGAUGUCGCGUGAGCGGGAUUUGCCUCUAUUAUUCCCACCAACUUAUAAUAUUCGGUGAGCUUGCCG